GCAGCCGGGCAGAGUCUCGAGUCUCAUGGCAGCGCAGUGACGAGUUCAGCUCAAAGUUCCUCGCGGAGAGUCCACAGACUGUCUCCCUCCGCACCGCCGGACUGCCCCGCGUCCAGACCGCGUCCAGCGGGCCACGGAGCAGCGUUAGACCCGCACAGAAGCUCAAACCACCGGGGUAAAGCUGGACUAAUGCCCCGCUCCUCUCGCCUCGGAGCGACCACACCCUCCCCGUUUCCUCAAACACAGACCCCGCUCUGAACCUCCGGGAACAACCGCCGCGUCUCCCCCCGGCCUCCGACCCGGGGAAACACCAACGAGCCGGGGGUUUUGAGCUCAUCCAGCCUGGUAUGGAGGCUCCAGGCGGGUCCGCGCGGAGGCUCAGCGGGGCUCCACGCUCUGCUCCCCGGGGCUGAGACGCGGCGGCGGCGGGAGAGGACGCGGCGCAGGGCGGACACACUCAACGAUGCAAAUGGCGUCAGAGCGACCCCUGGAGACACUGCAAACCUCCAACCCGGGGCUCAAACUCAAGAAGAGGCGCUUGAAAGUGGAUUAACAGUUUUAAAGAGUUGAAAGGAUGAUUGAGGAAAGAGAAAAAGUUGAAGCGACCACGAAGAAGACGAGCAGCUGCCCGGGUAUGAACGCGCCAGGCCGGGCUCAGGCAGUGGGAACAACCCGGAUCAGACUGUGGGGCUCCUGCAAACUCCAUCCUCUGCUCACAAAACUAUAAAAAAAACACCCGUGUAUCUGUUUUAAAAUGUCUGUCAGCUAGUAUAUGAUGGAUUCCUAAUGGGAAUUUGAAUUUCAAGACAAUAUUUUUAUAAUCUCAACCUGCACUUUGCCUUUUUUUGAAGGCACUUAGUUGGCACUGCAGUUUUGUGAUCAUUUUCAACUCCUCCUGUGAAUGUUUGGGGACUGUAGUAGACUUUUGAAACGAGUAAUUUAAUCAGGGCAUUUAGAAAUCAAACUUGUAUAGGUUUUGCAUAGCGUGUUUUUGUUUUUACACUAGAUUAACCGAUGCUAAUAUGCCAGAAAAUACUAGUUUUGUAACGAAAUGGGGAUUUAUUUCAAACAUGCAGUUAUGUAGUUUACAAGUUAACAUUGUGUGUGCGUUAAUUAUUAUCUGAAGGAACCUAAGGCAGACUUUUGGGCCAGUUUAUUUUUCUGUUCGCUCUUGUGGAUAUAGUUGUGCUUAUUUUGGAUAUGUCUUGAACAGAACAAUGCACCAACAGAGACUAUAAAUAACUGAGGAGUUUGACCGCACCCUCCCGGAUCCUGCUCCUGAUUAUGGCGAGCGGAGGGUCUGGGAAAUCGGCGAGCGAGGUAUCAAACGUCACCCCCAGUGGCAGUGUCCAGCAGAGGAAACGACUCUCCUCCAUUUGUGAUUCGUGCAAAAUGAAAAUGCAACUCGUAGCAGAUCUGUUGUUGUUAUCCAGCGAGACCCGGCCCGUCAUGGCGGCGGACGGGGUUCCACUUGCCGAUACGUUCGACCAAUGCCGAGACACUGUCAUCGCGAGGACUAAAGAGCUUUCUAUACUAACGCACGAUAUACAAAGUCAACUCAACAUGGGACGUUUCACCGAAGUUGGCGAUCGGCUUUUGGAACUGGCCGACUUGGUUGUGUCGUUGACUGAAUGCUCCGCCCACGCGGCGUAUCUGGCAGCUUUAGAAACUCUGGGGUCCCAGCCGUGCCUUCCCGGUUUGGUGGACCGAUAUAAAGUAACGCGCUGCCGGCACGAAGUAGAGCAAAGCUGCAGCGUGUUACGAAUCACGCCAAUUUUGGACCUCACCCCUCAGCUGCUUCUCGAACUAUCGCAACAUAUUUCUACCAAUCUCAAAACACUGACUGACAUCUCAUCCUUGGCCAGUGACAGGUCCCGCGACCGCUUCGCCAAAGAACAGUUCAAGUUGAGUGUUAAGAGCAUGGCGACUAGCGGGACGGCAUUUUUAGCUUGCGUUAAAGAAGUGAAAACGCAACCUAGCGAGCUGACUAGAAACCGCUGUGUUUUGUUUAGCGCCGCCUUGGUUCAAUCUGUUAGCGCUUUGGUUGGGUUCGCUACCGAGCCGCAGUUCUUGGGCCGCCCCGCCAGCAUCUCCUCUGAAGGAAAAGGGGUGCAGACGGCGGUUUUGGGCGGGGCCAUGAGCGUAGUAUCGGCGUGCGUGCUGCUAACUCAAGGGCUAAGGGACGUAGCGCAGCAUCCGGACAGCAGUUCCAAGAUGGCCGACUACAGGGAGAGGCUGAGGAACUCGGCGUGCGCGGUUUCGGACGGGUGUACUCUGCUCACACAGGCUUUAAGGGAGCGCUCCUCUCCACGCACUCUGCCCCCGGUCAACUCCCACGCUGUGAAUUAGACAGAAGUGACCACACGGAACUGGACCAGAGCGUAGGCAUGGGACGGUA